CAUACGAAGUACUUGUUACAUACUGGUUAUUUUCUUAAAAUGAGUUUGUGUGAAGCCUAUUCGAGGGCGUUUAAUUGUGAAAAGACGCUCAGAGGAUGUUAAUAAGUUGUCGCGAGCUUCUUCAUCCUGACGCCGAGGAGCAACUACGAUCACGACACGUUCUCGCUGAACAGGACAGUCAAAGUUUCACAAUAUUUCACACGAGCCUGUGCGCAGACGUUUAUAAAUAUAUAUGUUUUUAAACUCCCUCAAGUUGUUUUGGAGGCCUGCCUCUCGACCGUGACCUCCCGAGGAAACUCCCGUGGAAGAAGUGGAGCCCGUGAUAGUAGUCGGUCCUCGUGCAGACUCCUCCCUUUGAGUUGUCCUGGGAAACACUAACAACUGUAAGAAAAGUCAGUCCAGCUCCUCAACGAGGGACACUUCAGUUGGAGAAAAGCAGAAAAAAAAACAACAACUUUCAGCAAAAGACGUUUCGGCCUCGGCUCCAGAACUGUGCAACUUCAUCCAAUAGGAGGAUUAUUAUGCGUUCAAAAGCUUCUUCUUCUUCUCCUCACUGAGCAACAACUGCUGGAGUGUCCAGGGACAUGAAACUCAAUCCACAGCAAGCUCCAUUGUAUGGUCAUUGUGUUAUCUCAGUGCAGCUCGCCGACGAAGAGCUGCCUGCAGAUGAGGAGGGCGUGGACUACUUCCUGCUGUUUGCUGGCAGCACGCAGAGACACCUGACCAGCACCCUAAGGAGCAGUCAUGACAUCUUGCAGGUGCUAUGUCCCGCCCAUGACUGCUGUGAGGUGGUGUUGGUCACCUUGUGUUCAGUCACCCGAGGCGUCGCUGGAGACCCCGAGGACACAAAGCCCCGUCCGUGCCGGGUGGCUCCGCUGGCCGAGCAUCGAUUCAGCUUCGUCCAGGAUUUGGCUUUUGACAUGGCCCAGUUCCUGGUGAGCACAGCCGGCCGAACCGAUGGCCUUGACGGGGCGCUGCUGCUGGACGAGUGUCAGAUUCCCCUGCAAGAGUGUGAACGCCUGGACGAGAGCCUGGCGCUGGCCCUGCACCACCUUGUACUGCCUCCAGGAUGGAGCUUACUGGGGAACAAGCUAACCAACAGCACUGACCUGAAUCCUCAGGAGACUCUGCUGCAUUUCUCGGUGCGUCGGGGUCUCAUUCGGGUUACGCGCUUCCUGCUGCAGCAGCCUGGAGCCAGAGAAGCCCUCCGAUUGGCCAACAGACAAGGCUACACCCCAUCCACCGUUGCAGAAUUGCGUGGACACAAAUGCCUCCACGAGCUCCUCACAAAGGCUGAGGCAGACGCUGAGACGGACAGAGGAACUGAGGCUGUUCAGCAGGUCUCUGCAGACGCUAGGGUGUUUUGCCACCUCCCCAGGCUGAACACACACAGUCUGACGCUGAGCAUCCUCCCCGGCCGCGACACUCCGACCCUUCAGGAGAGCGUGGAGCAGCUGCUGCACUUGAUAUCCCACCUCCAUGCCAAGGGAGUUUCUGUGCUGGAACUGCCGUUCGAUUCUCUGCACACGGCUUCUGAAUGUCGUGAAGGCGUACAAGCAGAGCUAACGUGUCUGGAGCGACUCCACCAGACUGCUACAGCGACGGAGUUCCUGGAUAUAACAGCUGAAGGCAGCGUGGAAGAAGACUGUGCAGUGGAAAGCGGCAGCACCGUUGAAUGUGGACAUGACGAAACUGGGAACACAGAGAAUGACUCGAGUUUGUCUGUGAGUACUCCGGCAUUAGAAGUUCGGCCCCAGGAGCAUGGCCUCGGCCCCCCAGAAGACUGGGCGUGCCUCAUUUCGAACUCUGAAACAAAUUAUUGCCAAACAGAGGAGGGGGUAAAGGAACAGCUUGUUUCCACCCAGAGUUUGUGUGGCAGGAGUGAAGAAGCACAGCGUGAGACUGAAGGGAAAGGCGUCACUGUGGGAAUCUUGCCACCAGUAGGCUGUGGUAAACAGGCAGAGGAAACUGAUCGAGGAGAGGUUGUGGUCCGGGAAGGACAGGAGGCCAAGAAGGGAGAGGACAGAUCAGCGCAGGAAGCAGAGGACAGCACAGCCGGGAGGAGGGAGGUGGAGGAGGAGCAGACCAACUCUGAGUCAACAGAUCUAAUAGCGGCCAGUGGAGACGAGAACGCUUUACUCAUGGGCCAGUCUCCGUCUUCAGACUGCUCUGAGGUUUCCGACUCCUCUGACUCUGAAAUGAAGGAGUGCUCUCUGAAAGGAGAAAAAGUUCAGGAAGUAGAGCCAGAACUCUGCCAGGAUUUCUGCGACGGACUCUCUUCAGACAAGGAGAAGGUAGAGUGUGAAGAGUUAACAGACCUUGUAUCGACCCCAAGGGACCUUCCCAGCCCAGUGCUGAUAGUCAGCAGUGAUGUAAUCGCAGAGCCUGAAUCUGCUGUUCCCCUUCUCUUGAUAGAAGGCCUCCAUGAGGGGGAACCUCCACCAGACAUAAACAGCAAAGAACAAAACCAGGAAACAGCUGGUAAGGAUUACGCUACAGAGGAGCAGCGGGGCUUGGUUUCAGAGACCGGUUGUCAUUCUGGGAACUGUACUGGCACAGUCAGUGUUGAAGAGCUAGGCAGUGAACACGUAGAUGAAGCUUCUGGACACGGUAUUGAAAGCACCGGUUUGCCUAUGGAGGAACCUGAUAAUAUAGUUGAUUUAGAAACGACUGGCAACUCGAUAGAAGAUACAAGGACUGAACUGCUUGACUUUGAGUUACCACCAGAAAAGAUGCCAACGAAAGGACAUGCUGACUCCAUGGUCCGUGGCAUCUCCAGUGACGAUGACAGCAGCUUCAGAUCAGUUGGAAGCUCUACAACGGACAUAUUCCACCCCACUGAGGACAGUAGUUCAGUCGUGGAUCAGGACUUCCUUCAGACUAACAUCUCAGAACUGUCUUCAGGAGAAAACCAGAUUGAAGACCAACAUGAUCACAAACACAAUGAAAGCAAUGGACACUCCCUAAAUAUGGACACAGAGCUCCCUUUGGAGCCUGGCACUGGCUCUGUCACAGUGACAGACUGUACCCAGGAUGGCACUGACUCUCAAUCGCAACUGUCAACUGGCUUCCAGACAAAGGAGGCUUUGGAUCAAGAGGUGGUGGAGGAAGCGGCUCCAGAACUUUCCAAACAGGAUUUGUCACUAGAUCCAGUAUUAUCAGAAAGCAAGGACAAUCCAACGGUGGAGGUUGAUGGAAGUGAAUGUGGAGAGACCAACAGCUCUGACAUGAAUGUAGGGACUGGUCACUGUACGUCAGAGUUGGCCAGUGGUGUCCCACUUGAACCUGGUCCAUCUGGUGCAGAAGAGAACAACGUCAUUGGCCCAGUUGAGGAACGUCUUCAACUGACAGAGACCAGUGAUAAAUGUGUGGCGGAGGCAGCAGUGGAAGAGAGUGAAAAUGUGCAAUUGACAGUGCAGCAGUCGAAACAGGAUAAUUCAGAGAUGGCGUUAGAUGACGAUCAGAUCACUGAGAACCUGACCACUGAGGAUAAGACCGUUGAGAACCAGAGCACUGAGGAUCAGAUCACUGUGAAGCAGACCACUGAGGAUAAGACCGUUGAGAACCAGAGCACUGAGGGUCAGAGAACUGAGGAUCGGACCAUUGAGAACCAGAGCACUGAGGGUCAGAGUACUGAGGAUCAGACUAUUGAGAACCAGAGCACUGAGGAUCAGAUCAUUGAGAACCAGACCACGGAGGAUAAGACCAUUGAGAGCCAGAGCACUGAGGAUAAAAUCAUUGAGAACCAGACCACGGAGGAUAAGACCAUUGAGAGCCAGAGCACUGAGGAUAAAAUCAUUGAGGAUAAGACCAAUGAGAACCAGAACACUGAGGACCAUAGUACUGAGGACCAUAGUACUGAGGAUCAGAGUACUGAGGAUAAGAUCAUUGAGGCCCAUAGUACUGAGGAUCAGGGUACUGAGGAUCACAGUGCUGAGGAUCAGAUCACUGAAAACCAGACCACUGAGGAUAAGACUAUUGAGAGCCAGAGCACUGAGGAUCAGAUCACUGAAAACCAGACCACUGAGGAUAAGACCAUUGAGAACCAGAGCACUGAAAACCAGACCACUGAGGAUAAGACCAUUGAGGGCCAUAACACUGGGGAUCAGAGCACUGAGAACCAGACAGCUGAUGUCAUUGAGCUUUCAAAUACUGCAGAUGCAAAUACCCAGGAAGUAGAUCCACCUGCUUCCAACAGCGAACCACCCACAGAAGCUCAUACUGAAAAUCAGAUGACUCAUGACACAGUGGACGGAUUCUUGGGAAGCUGCAGCAGUCCAAUCCAAGAGGAGGAUGUCAUCAAGUCUGAAGACACUCUAAGUGAUGCAGGGGAGGAAGAAAACGGCUCAACAGAGGGAACAGGCGCGUCCACGAUACACCGAGACAGAGAGGCGUCGUUCCCUCAGCCUUGCAACACUCACCACUCAGGGUCUUCACCGUCCUCAGUGUUUCCCAGCAGAACCAGCAGUGCCACCAGCUGUCCAUCCUCGACUCACAGAGACUCCGGCAGUGACAUAGAGAGCCUCCUGAAUGCGGAGCCGGGAUAUGAAAGCGUCUUCAGAAAGAAUGAUGAGCCAGUGACAGGAGGAGACAGUGCCAGCGAGGUUUCCGUCUCCUGCUCUUCCACAGACGACACCGCCAGCGUCGGCCCGUCCAGCUCCAGCCCGGAGGGCAGCCAGGGCCUGAGCUGCAGCUGGAGCCCGGAGGAGGGCAUCCAGACUGGGGUUGCUGUCGCUGGAGGACUGGACAGUGGAGGAGGAGGAGGAGGAGCAGGAGAAGCUGAAGAAGAGGCCAAAGACAGAGUGACCGAGGUGCCGCUGCGUUCCUGUAUACUCCGGAGCAGCCUGCGCUCCCUGUCGCCUCCUCGCCGCCACAGCUGGGGACCUGGAAAGAACUACGGAGGAGACACAGAGAUGAACCAGAGGAGUUCCAUUCGUAGCCCUGGUGAGGGGAAGCCGGCCUUUCACAGGAGAAGUUACAGCCUGGAGGGACUCAGUGGGGUCCAAGAAGAGCUGAGGGGCCCCAUCACUCGGGGGCCGCGCAUCGUGGAGCCCAGCAGGAUGCCCCGGCAAGACAGCGACGACAGAGGCUCCCUGGUUUCUCUGACCGAGGAGCAGGAGGAGAGGGGGGAGUGUGGCAGACAGCACGACCCGAAAUCAAGGCGGUAUCGCCCUCUGCGACACAGCUGUCCUCCCAUGACCCUGCCUCUCACCAAGUCUGUAUCCAUGCUAGCCAUCAGCCAAAGAGACAUCGAUGGUCUGAGGUCGUAUUCCAGCCCGUCUGGGUCACUAGCGUACAGUAUAUCAGAGGAGGAGCCUGGGCCUCUUCGCAGCGACACUGAAGGAAAGGGCACGACGAAAGUCAGCCGGACCUUCAGCUACCUCAAGAACAAGAUGUACAAAAAAAACAGGGAAAAGGAGCGAGAGAAAAAGGACAAGGACAAGGACGGCAAGGAGAAGGACAAGAAGACUGUGAAUGGUCACCUCUUUACGUCGGUCAGCUCGAACCACGCUGCCCAGUGCUCCCAGUGCAAUAAAGCUUUCAACAACAAGGAGACUUUCUAUUGCACCUACUGCAAUGCUUCCGUCCACAAGGGCUGCAGGGACAGCCUGCCUGUUUGUGCCAAGGUGAAGAUGAAGUUGCCCAAGCAGCAGUGCACAGUGCCAGAUUCGAGCUCUAUUCCUGCAGUCACGAUGAGGAACAAAUCCGGUGGCACGAGGGAACGACCUUGGUCGGCCAUCUUGUCCCCCGAAGACCAUUCUUCCAUGGCAAUGCCAGCACCUCGAAGACACACCAGCAUCAUGGGUUUCCAUGGAAACAACCUCUCCAAGAGCCUCUCAAUAAGCAACAUUGCAGGUCCGGUGUUUGAUGAAAUACCCAUUAAAGGCCUGCGGUAUCUCUCCCAGUCCACCGACUCCCUCAACAGAACCAACCCGGUCACAGAAUCCAUGGAGUCGCUAACAGAUGAAGGGACGGAGAUGAUGGACGGGCAGCUGAUGGGGGAGUUUGAGGCGGAUGCCAAAGAGCUGGAAGCUGACUCGUGGAGUUUAGGAGUGGAGCAGCAGUACCUGCAGCAGCUGGACAGAGAGCUGGUGAAGAGACAAGAUGUCAUCUACGAGCUGAUGCAGACGGAGAUGCAUCACAUUCGCACGUUGCGCAUCAUGUCGGAAGUGUACAGCAAAGGCCUGCAUAAGGAGGUGCAACUGGAGCUGCAGACGUUGGAGAAGCUGUUCCCUGCUCUGGAUGAACUCCUGGAUUUCCACACGCAGCACCUCCUGCGCCUCCUGGAGAGGAAGAAGGAGAGCCAGCAGGAAGGAGGCUGCUUUGAGGGCAGCUUCCUCAUCAGCAGGAUAGGAGACGUCCUGGUCAGCCAGUUCUCAGGAUCCAACGGCGAAAGCAUGAAGAGGGUUUACGGGAGAUUCUGCAGCCGCCACAACGAAGCUGUCAACCUCUACAAAGACCUCCUGACCAAAGACAAACGCUUCAAAGCCUUCAUCAAAAAAAAGAUGAGUAGCAGCAUUGUGCGGAGGCUUAGUAUCCCAGAAUGCAUCCUGCUUGUAACCCAGAGGAUAACAAAGUACCCUGUGCUGAUUCAGAGAAUGCUGCAGCACACUAAAGAGAGCGAGGACGACUUCUAUGACCUGACGGACGCCGUGCGGCUCGUGAAGGACGUGAUCGCGGCGGUCGACAGCAAGGUGAACGAGCACGAGAAGAGGCGGCGUCUGAAGGAAUUUCACAGCCGCAUGGACAGCAAGUCCAUCAUGAUGAGGAAGAGCGGUCAGAUUUUCGCACGGGAGGACCUGCUGAGGAGGAGGCUGAUCCACGACGGAGCGCUGCAGCUCAAGAACGUCCAGGGAAGGCUAAAGGACGUCCAUAUCCUUCUCCUAUCAGACGUCAUCGUCUUCCUCCAAGAGAAAGACCAGAAAUAUGUUUUUGCCAUGCUGGAUCAGCGUUCCACCGUCAUCUCCCUCCAGAAGCUGAUUGUCAGGGAGGUCGCUAACGAGGAGCGCGGCCUCUUCCUCAUCACGGCAGGCAUAGAGAAGCCAGAGAUGAUGGAGGUCCUGGCCAGCUCGAAGGAAGAACGCAACACCUGGAUGCAGCUCAUCCAGGACGCCAUGCAGUCCAUGGAGAAGGACGAGGAUGAAGGGAUUCCCAGUGAGACGGAGGACGACAAGAGACAACUAGAGAUUAAAGCCAAAGAGAUGAGAGAUAUGUUGAAGCAGAAGGAUAAGGAGAUCAUGUCGCUGCUGGAGGAGAAGGUGCGACUCUUCAGGGGGAUGUGGGAGGGCUUGAGCCCCGGAGAAGAGGCCUGCCGUCAGGUUGAACCGUUCUUCAGGUCGGCUUCUGGCCCGGAGCCACCGAGGGGGGCUUCCAUCAUGAAAGACGCCCUGGAGGAAGUGGAGACGUUACAGACUCUGGUCAACGGCAGCCUGGGGGGAGCGAUGGCAAGUGUCCAGGAGGGAGGAGGCGCGGGCCCUGUGUGUUUGCCCCGUCGGGCUGAGACCUUCGGAGGCUUCGACAGCCACCAGAUGCACAGCAGUAAGAGUGGAGACAGAGACGAGAGUGAGGACAUGUCGGGAGAUCUGCGCAGGACGGAGUCCGACAGCGUUUUGAAGAAGGGAGGAAACGCCAACCUGCUGCUGCUGCUGAAGAGGAACAGUGAGCAGGUCCUCCACAGCGUCUCGAACCUGCAUCUGCUUCUCAGCUCCCUGCAGGCGGUGGUGGUCCAGCAGGACAGCUACAUCGACGAUCAGCGGCAGACCCUGAGCGAGCGCUCCUCGUCCUGCACGUCCUUAUCGCGGCAGUCCUCGCGCCCCAGCUCGCUGAUCGAGCAGGAGAAGCAGCGGAGUCUGGAGAAGCAGCGGCAGGAGCUGGCUUCCCUGCAGCGACAGCAGGCAGCUCACGCUGAGGAGAAGAGGAGGAGGGAGAAGGAGUGGGAUCUCAGGGAACAGCACCUCAGCGAAAGGGAGGCGCUGGUCCACGUACAGGCGGAGGAGAUACUGAAGCAGCACAAGGCGCUGGAGGAGGAGAAGCAGGAGCUGCAGAGCAAGAAGGAGGUGUACCAGAAGGAGCUGGAGAGGCUGCGAGACGCCCAGAGGAAGCUGCAGAGGGACAAGGAGGCUGUGCAGCGGCAACUGGAAAAGCUGGAGGAGCUGAGAGCGGCCGAGAGGACUCCCUCUACAACGUCUGACGAGUCCCAGUUCCCCGGCAGCUCCCAGUCUCUGGAGCUGGACCCGCUGGAGCUCUCCCCCUCCUCCUCCUCCUCCUCCCUGCCGAGGCUGCAGCCCCCGCGGUCCAAGGCCAAAGGGAAAGGCCUCAAUCCCUUUACCUCAUCAUCCACUAACCUCAAGGGCGGCGAGGCCAACAACCAGGUCUCAAAGGGCCUCCUGCAGUUAACCAAGAACAAGAGCAAAGACGGCAAGGAGAAGAAGAAGAAGAAGGGCAAAGGCGGGAGCGCACAGGCAGCAGGUAGGAAGUGGAUGGAUCUAGUGCGUGUGUCCGGCCUACAACCGUUUCAGUUUGAUUGCGUGGUUUCAAGGCUUCCCUUUGUGUUGAAAGUUGCAGUGCAUUCUGGGUAGAUAAUUUGUUUUCCAAAAAUAGGUGUUCACUUGACGUUGAAGAGCGGCAGAUCGCGGUUGUGACGGGGUCACCGGCAAGAGUUUAAUGUUUGACCCUGGAAAUGUUUUAACAGUUUCAGGUAUUUUAUUUCCUCUAAACCGACGAUGACUAAAACCUCUGAAGUCAGUAAUCAAGCAAUCAAGGGCAGCUUCACAGCUCUGAUCCUCAUGUGCUUUCAACACACUGUAAGUGACAAAAAUCUGCGGUCUUUGUUGUAAAAAAAAAAAAGAAAAACCUAUUCCAAAGAUUAUCUGGAGCCAACGUGAAACUCGGCAAGCGCGAGGUAGGGUAACAAAAGAAGGAUCUCACAAAGUUCUUCCAAUUUUAAUGCCGAACACACUCUUUGUGUUCCCUCCUCUGCAGCUCAGAACCGGAAGGAGGCAGAGGGAAUUCUGUACCAAAAAAAAAAAAAAAAGUAAAAGAAAAAAGCUUGUUAUUUUAGGAGAUACCCCUGAUUUGACAAACUCAGACCUUUGAAUCCUCACAUAAGCUUCUGGCAAAUGUUGGAAUAGAUUUUUGCACAAAACAAGGACUGUGGAUUUUAUCUUUCAUCGGGGAAAGACGUAGCACGAGGAGAGGAUCUCUGAAUGUCCAGUAUGAGUAGGAGGGAUUACUACAGCAAAAAAAUAAAAAAUAAAAAAGCUCCAUUGUGCGUACAGGCCCAUAACCACUGUUUUAAGGCAGAACUCUUUUGAGCCUUUUUGAAUGACACUGGGGGAACAGUGAGCAUGAGCAAAAAGAAUCCCCGAAGUCUUUCUCUGCAUACUGAACCCUCCCGAUGAUGUCUUAUUGGUCUCAGACGCUUAAAUGUGUUGCAAUAUUAAAUUAGUCAGAGGAGUGAAUUAUUCAGCUGUCCUACAUUUCAGAGGAGCUUAAACAGCCUCGGAGCCUGAGUUUAUAAAGCGGAGCCGCGUCGUACAGCUGUGUAUAUGUUUUGUUUUAGUGCCAUAUUUAUAAAAAAAAAAAAAAAAAAAAGGAUUUCUGAGUGUCCCUUUGUUUACACGACAGCAACGCUGCAGAAUGUGCAUUAUGAAACGCGUUUGAUGUUAAAAGCACGGAGACAUAGACGCACAAAUAACAUUAGUGGGAAUUAAGUGAUGGCGCUGAUACGAGCGGUGAGGUAACCCGCUGCACAUUGAGCUGCUCCCUGAGGCGGCUUUUGUGGUGAACUGUAAUGCUGCUCCCUACACACACACACACACACACACACACACACACACACACACACACACACACACACACACACACCUCACUGCACCCACACAAUCACAACCCCGUCCCUGACUCCUCUCUCCGCCUCCUUCCAGACCCCCAGCACCUCCCAGAGCCUCCCAUGGACGGAGAGAUCUUCUUCUGCUGAGAGAGUCGCCUCCCCUCGUCCUCCUCCUCCUCCUCUUCUUCUUCAUCGUCAUGAAUCCACGGCGCUCUCUCCCUGACACCCGGAGGAUCCCGUUUCUGCCAAGAAGAGACGCGUUCAUCUACAAACAGGCUUUGCGGCGCCUUUGACUCACCCUGAAAAGACAUUUUGUUAAUUCCGUGUAAUAACAUAGAGCAAUUUAACGUUACAUGCCAGAAGAAGCUCGACGUAAUGAAGUCAGAUACCACUGCUUUUAGGUUUUGGAGAGUAGAAUAUUUUGCGCCACGGUGCGCGUACGAGCGUCCACCCUUACGCGUGGAGCACCUACAGUAAAAAACACGGAGCGUCAGUGCAAUUUGGGGUAUUUUCUGUCCAAAAACUGUCCUACCCUUUUCCAAAGAAAUGGUUAGAGUUUCUCCAUUUUGAAGAGUUGUGCGUUCGGGGCGGCUCGGUGUCACGCUGAAAGCAUUUCACGGCGAAUCGCCUCUCGGGCUAAACCGAAAAAAUGUCCGAGGCUUCGAGCUCCACGUCUGUUACGGCCGCGUCCAGCCGCCUCUUUCCAGGAGUCCAUUUUGUCAUUAAGUCUCGCACCAGCAGGCAGUUACGUUAAUUUACAGAAACAGGGCCCUGUCUCUGUGACUUCAGCUACGUCCACACGCCAGCCAGGAGCAGAUGUAUGAAUGUCAGCGGCUCUGGAAAACAACCAAUCGUAUUAUUUGACCGUUAAUCGAAGACUGAAACGGAGGGAAGUUGACCGCUCUUAAUGAAAACUGAUCGGCGCCGUUUCGGUGCCGGGUCUCACUCCGAUAGGCUUCCGUAUAGAUCCGCAUUGAAGGAAAAUCAAAGCCUGACAUUCGUGGCCUCGCUGCCUGUAAAGCAGAUGUGAUUUCAUUCAUUAAAUUUUGUCUCCGGCUCGUAAGCAAAAAUGGAAUCGGCGCGUGGCAGGUUAAGUAAUCCUGGAUGAUGACUUUAUGCCGUCAAUCAUGUUGCUUGAUGAGGUUUUAAUUUAUUUGAAUUAUGGAUGUCUCCAUUUUGGAGUGAAACUCCUCGGAUGUGCGUGUGUAUUUUUCAGACUCUGUAAUGAAAGAACUAAGACGUAUCUCCCCGCGUCUAAUGGCUCAAUUCAUAUCCUUUAGUGUGGUCGGAGCCUUGGAUGGAUAUUAGCUUGAUCCUCACUUUAUCUGCCUGUCAAUGGGCUUUUACGCGGCCCCCAUCUUUCAUCCGAGCACAGAUGAGCAGGGCUUUCCUCCUUUUUAAUUGUACGCAACCGCAGGUAGCAUACUAAUGGCUCGAGUCUGUUAAAGAGUUCAGCUUUGUCUUUCUGCCUCUCUCACUUCUGAUAAUGGACUCCGUGGACGCACGCAACUGAUGGUUUUAGGAAAUGGAGGCUGUUCAUUUAGGGACAAUGCGGCUGGUUAGAGAAAAUGAGGAAGGACAUUAACUGAAAACAUGUUAUGUGUCCCGUGUUUAAUGACUAAACCUGCCCAGCAGGUACCGCCUGAGUCUGAUCAUUUCACAUUAAUCAACACUCAUCAGUGUUGUUAAGCACUUUGGUCCUGAAAUGUUGAUAUGCUUUUUCUAUGUUUUUUUUUUUUUUUUUCGUUUUUGUUUUGUUUCGUUUUCUUCGGUCAAUGUAAAAUAUAUCAAUCAAAGAGAUCUUUGUAUUCUGUGGAAUCUUUUAACGGAGGCCGACAAUGAUCCAAAGAGCGAUAAUGACUGUGUUCGCGAACACAAAAGCUGCUGCAGUUCCAUUAAGUUUGUGGUAAAAGUUUAAAAGGGCUGGUAGCUUUUAUGGAGUGUUUCCAAGGUGACCCGUCCUCACGCUGAAGCCUGUGUUUUAGACCCAUUAAAGCCACGUUGUUAGCCACCACACAGCUACCUGCUGGACAGGUAGGAAGGAAAAACAGAAGUAAAAAAAAAAAAAAGAGAGAAAAAAAAAAGAGAUGUUCUUCACAUGAACGACAGAGCAGCGCCACUGAACUGCUUCCUUUGCUGCCUCUUUUGUCUCAUGUUAAAGUGCUUGUUUGUGAACUCACCGUCUGUGUUGAGGAUUCGGCUUCAUGUCCAUGCCGGUUUAUUAUAGUGUGUCUUGUAAGAGGCUUAUGCGGCCUGCCAAUUAGUUGCUUCAUGUCUUUUGUUUAUGGCUUUGGUGUAAUCCUGUCAAAGAAACUGAGAGGAAUGAGCCUCUUUUCUCUCUCUAUUGCUUUAGGUGUGUUUUGACCACUAGGGAGCACUGCACCUGUAACUAAAUCAACUCCAUCCCCACCACAUCCACGUUAACAGCAGCCAGACAGUAUGAAACUUUUUUUCUUUUCUUUUUUUUUUUUUUUUUUUAUUCCCCCCGCUGUGACAAAUUGAAAUAUUUUUCUCAGCAGGUCGUUGCCGUAAAGAGAUAAUGUGAUGAGCGUCGGCUCUCACACUCUGUGACAUUUUCCCCAUGGUAUUUGUAAUUGACUGCAGAAACAAAUAAGUUGUCAGAGAUUGUAAUUCGUGGAAGCAGCCGGCAGCAGCUUUAAUGUGUGGGUGGAGGGGAAAAAAAAAAAAAAAAAAAGGUUGGAGGGAGCGACCGGGCAGAACCACGAAGCCGUCUCUGUAAGGGACAAUCAGCAGUCAGGAAAAUGAACUUCCUCCCCAGUGAUGAUAAGCCUGUCCAUGAGACGAGUGUGUCCAUCAGGCCAACCCUGCGUAGCCUUAAAUCUUAAUGAUAAAAUGCACUAGAGUAGAACGCAGCGUCUUCUCAGGAGAGAGAGGAGAGCUUUUAUACCUCUGCUUUGAAACGAAGGAAAUGUUUGUACUAUACAAAGUGGUACACAUUGUUUCACUCUCGACAAUGUAAAAAAGGGCAAAUGUAAAUAUGAUUCAUGUAUAAAACAAAUCAAAUGUAAAAAACAAACAAAAAAAAACAAAAACAAAAAAAAUGAAUUGUUUGAUUUGUGAUCUAUUUCAGCAUUUUGUAAGAAUGUUUUAUUUAUGUUUUAUUCUCACCCUCGGGGUGAAGAACAAUGUAAAGGCAUAUUUCUCUCAUAAUAAAAAAAAAAAAAAAAAAUGAG